AAAAGGAUUUAAUACAACAAGUAUUUGACAAUGCACUUAACUUAAUUCCUGAAGAUGAUCAAAAUAUACCACAAAUUGAACACAUGUUACCAUUUUUAAAGCGUGGUGUUGCAAUUCAUCAUUCAGGAUUAUUACCGUUUCUUAAAGAGGUUGUUGAAUUACUUUUCCAAGAAGGAUUAAUUAAAGUUCUUUUUGCGACUGAGACAUUCUCAAUGGGUCUUAAUAUGCCUGCUAAAACUGUUAUAUUCUCUGAUAUUAAAAAGUUCGAUGGUGAAGUUUUAACUUCUGGUGAAUAUAUUCAAAUGUCUGGUCGAGCUGGUAGAAGAGGUCUUGAUACAAGAGGAAUUGUAAUAAUUAUGGCAAGAGAAAAAUUAGAACCAUCAGUUGUUAAAGGAAUGAUGACGGGCGAACCUGAUAAUAUAUACUCUGCAUUUCAUUUGAAAUAUAAUAUGAUCUUAAAUAUGACAAGAGUUGAAGGAAUUAGUCCUGAUUAUAUUCUCCAGAGAAGUUUCUAUCAAUUUCAAAAUACAUCAGGAUUACCAAAACUUGAUGCAGAACUUCAGAGACUAGAAAAAGAAUAUAAAGAAAUUGAUAUACCUGAAGAAGAAGAAAUUAAAGAGUAUUACAAUAUUCGUUCACUAUUAGAUACAUAUACUCAUGAAAUAAGGAAUACUAUAAACCAUCCACUUAAUAUUCUGAAAUACAUGAAGCCUGGUCGUUUAGUUUGGAUAAAACAUGCAAAUGCGGAUUUUGGCUGGGGUAUGGUAGUUUCUUGGGGAAAAAGAAAGAGUCCCACUGAUGAAACAAUAAAAGAAUUAAAAUCAGUGGAGGAUAAAUCAGAUUUGAAUCAAGUAGUGGUUGAAAAUUUAAUAGAAAAUUCAAAUCAUCAAGAGCUUUUUUUACCUCCGGAUCAUUAUUUUGUUGAUGUAAUGUUAAAUUGUGAAUCUGAUGAAUCACAUGUUGCUAAACCAGCAGAUGAUAAAAUAAUUACUGCAAAACCUUACAGUGGAAAUGGUUUAGGAGAGAUGAUGAUUGUUCCUGCUGAUUUUUCUACUAUUAAUUAUAUAAGUCAAAUAUGUAUCUUUCCACCCAAGGAUCUAACACAUGAUGAUUGUAAAAAGACAGUAUACAAUAGUAUAAUGGAUAUUAAAGAAAAAUUUGCUGAAGGAAUACCACUUUUAGAUCCAAUAGAGCAUAUGGGUAUUGAAGAAGAGAACUUUCAAAGACUAAUAAAAAAAAUUGAGGUUUUAGAAACAAAACUUGUGACCAAUAAACUCCACAAUACAGACAAACUACCUAAGCUAUAUGAACUACACUGUAAAAAGAAUGAGCUCAAACUUAAGAUAAAAUCGUUAAAAAAGACAAUUAAUAUUGCAGAAUCUAUUUUACAACUUGAUGAUCUUAGGCGCCGUAAGAGAGUUCUUCGUCGAUUAGGAUAUUUAUCAGAAAAUGAUGUUGUUACAAUUAAAGGGCGUGUUGCUUGUGAGAUUAAUGCAGGGGAUGAACUUGUAUUAACUGAAAUGUUGUUGAAUGGUGUAUUUAAUGAUUUAUCACCAGAAAUGGCUGCAGCCCUUUUAAGUUGUUUUGUAUUAGAGCGACCUAGUGAUAAGAAAUCAGGAUUUGUUAAAGAAGAAUUUUCUACAGUUUACAGUAAAUUACAAGAGGUUGCACAAAAUGUUGCUACAGUAUCUGUUGAGUGUAACAUCCCAUUGAAUAAAGAGGAAUACCUAAGCUUGUUUCCUUCGGAUAUGAUGGAAAUUGUUUAUAACUGGUGUUGUGGAAAACCAUUUACAGAAAUUAUAAAAAUGGGUGAUUCAAUUUUUGAAGGAGAAAUUGUUCGUACUUUUCGUUAUCUUGACGAUUUAUUACGAGGAAUGAUUGCAGCAUCAAAGAGUAUUGGGAAUAGUGAAUUAGAAGAGAAAUUUAAAGAGGCCAUUGAAAAAACAAGGCGUGAAUUCAAAAUAAGGUCACAGGAAUGGCGUAAACUUAUGGGAUCUGGAAAAGUUUGGGAAAAUUGCGGAUUCUUUUAUUUUCCUUGCUCAACAGGCUUUCGAAUGAAGCAUAUCAAAAUUUUGGAAGAAAUCGAUGCCUUCAAAACCACUGUAAAAAUCUCUGCUGUGGAACUUUUACAUGUAUGA